AUUAUCUCAAGAUGGCAGCCUCCACGUCCAUGAACGUUGCUGUCGGAUCGCAUUUACAAGCUCGAUUUUUCACAAAACAGAAGAGAUUUCUUGUCAGCAACACACCUUUCUCAGUUCCAGCCAGUGUUGGUGUGGCUGAAUUAAGUUCGCUCAUCAAUAAACUUCUCAAUGAAGAUAAAGCAGAGGAAGACAUUGAAAAUGUCGAAUUUGAUUUUCUCAUUGAUGGCGAGUUUCUUCGAGUCACCCUUGCCGCUCAUCUGGAAGUCAAGCAGAUAUCGACAGAGACCGUCGUCGAUAUCGAGUAUGUUGUGAAACAGACGGCCCCUGAGCCCGUGGGAAGUAUACUUCACGAUGACUGGGUGAGCUGUAUUCACAGUUUUGGAGAAAGAAUUCUCACUGGUUGCUAUGACAAUGGUGUCAGACUGUGGGGAAGAAACGGUGACAACAUAGCGACACUUCAGUAUCACACAGACCCUGUUAAAUGUGUUCGGUGGAUCAAAUCUGGUGACCCUGUAAGUUUGCUGGUGAGCGGGUCACAUGACCAGACUCUAAUCAUUUGGGAGUGGAAUGAGAGUGAAAGAAAGAGUAAACCACUCCACGUAUGCAAGGGCCACGCUAAAAGUGUAGACACGGUUGAUGUCGACCAGUCACAGACAAGAAUAUGCAGUGGGUCUUUUGACAAGAUGCUGAAAGUUUGGUCCGCUGUUCCAAGUUCAGGGGAAGAAGAACCACCAGAAAUUCAGGAGCAACAGAAAAAGAGAGUACGGAGAGACGGUAGUGCACCAGUUAUACGAACACCCAUUGCAACACUUGACGGUCACAAGGAAGCAGUAUCAUCUGUGAUAUGGACAGGAAAGGAUGAAGUGUGCAGUGCAUCAUGGGAUCACACCAUACAGAUGUGGGAUGUAGCACAGGGUUCAAACAAGUCAAAUUUGACAGGUACAAAGGCAUUCCUAAGUCUAUCUCAUUCUCCCUUGAACGGACUUCUAGCCAGCGGUAGUGUGGACAGACACGUUAGGUUAUGGGACCCAAGAAUCAAAGAUGGAGCAGUAGUUAAGUCAUCGCUCACUCAUCACACGGGUUGGGUAUCAUCGGUGUCAUGGUCGCCUAGCAACCAGAAUCAACUUCUUUCAGGAUCCUAUGACAAGGCUUUGAAACUCUGGGAUAUUAGAAGCCCGAAGGCACCUCUCUUCAAUAUGACGGGUUUGGAUGAGAAGAUCCUGACUGUUGAUUGGUCAAUACCUGAUCUACUUUUAUGUGGAGGAGCCGAUAAUUGUCUUCAUAUGUUUAGCACAUCAGAAGCAUUAUCAUCUGAGACAUCGUCGGACGUCAACAAGGCAGACUGAGUACUUCUAUCAUAUCUUCAACAAUGGUAUCUUCAACAAUAUCGUCAAUGAUGCCUACCCACUGGGGCUGCACAAUAUGACAAUGAUUUUGAAACUUUAUUGAAUCUGUGGGUCUUUGAUAAAGCGCGUAUAAGGCAACUUGUCAAAAGUCUGUAUCACGUCUUUUCGGGGGUUAUCUCGCUAUAAGGGUGCUUUUCAUAGUAGCUUUCACACGUUUUCUAUUAUUUUAUUUCUGAUGAAGUGCGAGGAUAAGUAUUGAAAAGCCGCUUGCAGAAUUCUUGCAGGAAAGACAUGGCUCUCGCUUUUGACUAGAUGCCUUAACAAGAUUGUUCAUAAAGACCACUUGUCUUUUCUCCCUUGAAUGUGGUUUUUUUAUUGGAGCACGUACUACAGGGAAACUUCAAAAAGAUUAAAGGGGAAUCCAACCCAAAUAAAAACUUGUUUUUAGAAGAGAAAAAUCAUACAAUUUGAUGGGUAAAAGUUCGAACAAACUUGGACAAACAAUGAAAAGGUUAUAACUUUUUAAAAGUUGAAAACAUUGGUAAUCACUAUAACCAUGGAGACUUCAAAUUGGCAGCUUAUGUGAUGU